AUGCCGGCGUUCAAAACCCCGUUCAACGGCUACGCCGUAAAGUUCAGCCCCUUUUACGAGCAACGACUCGCGGUCUCCACCGCUCAAAACUUUGGCAUCCUUGGCAAUGGACGGAUUCACGUAAUCGACCUUUCUCCCGCCGGACCGAUCGCCGAAAUCGCCGCCUACGAUACCGCGGAUGGUGUUUACGACGUUUCAUGGUCAGAAUCUCACGAUUCACUUUUAGUCGCAGCCGUCGCCGAUGGUUCGGUCAAGCUAUACGAUCUCUCCCUCCCACCUACUUCCAAUCCAGUUCGAUCCCUCUCCGAACACACCCGCGAAACCCACUCGGUUGACUACAACGCCGUCCGUCGAGACUCGUUUCUAUCGUCCUCCUGGGACGACACCAUCAAGCUCUGGACAAUCGAUCGACCUACCUCCGUCCGUACGUUUAAAGAACAUGCGUAUUGUGUUUACUCCGCCGCGUGGAACCCCCGUCACGCAGAUGUUUUUGCGUCGGCGUCCGGCGAUUGCACCGCCCGGAUAUGGGAUGUGCGUGAGCCGGGAUCAACAAUGAUCCUCCCAGCUCACGAAUUUGAAAUUUUAUCAUGUGAUUGGAACAAAUACGAUGAUGCAGUGAUCGCGACUUCAUCGGUUGAUAAAUCAAUUAAGGUAUGGGAUGUCAGAAAUUACAGAGUUCCUGUAGCUGUUUUGAAUGGACAUGGAUAUGCAGUGAGAAAAGUUAAGUUCUCACCACAUAGAGCAAGUGUAAUCGCGUCAUGUUCAUAUGAUAUGACUGUUUGUUUGUGGGAUUAUAUGGUGGAGGAUUCGUUGAUUGGGCGUUAUGAUCAUCAUACAGAAUUUGCAGUUGGGGUUGAUAUGAGUGUUCUUGUUGAAGGGUUAUUAGCAAGCACUGGAUGGGAUGAAUUUGCUUAUGUUUGGCAACAUGGGACUGAUCCAAAAGCACCUUGA